AUGUUCAAUUCCCACUUGCAGAUCAACGUCAUUCGGUCGCCCAUUGGUGACUUUUCGUGUUUCUCGCCGUUAACUUCCGUCCUCACCUCCUACCCAUGGACCCCCAAAACCGCCAUUGCAUGGACCGGUCUAGAGGAGGGCCGUUUCUUCGACCUCUCUUACUCCCCCGACCAUGUGACCAACCCCAACGUGGCCAUGUUGCGCCUGAAUCGGUCCACAGAGGCUGCUGCGACCACUAAAACUAGCACACAAGGGGUUGGGGCUGCUUCAGGUCAAAUCUCCCAGAACACAGGCCCGUGUGGCAGUUAUAAAGGGUCUGGCAAAGCCGGAAAUAAUAUUGCCAAUGAUCGCCACAUGACUUCCAGCAACAGUCACGAACCAAACGACAGCACUAGCCACGGUCGAUACGGUGUCAACAACAUUGUCAGCAACAGUAUCAGCCCCCAAAACAUGGAUACCCUACAUCGCAGCAUAUCCCCCAACAUGACCAGGACCACAUCUCUGAUCCUCCCCACUCCAGACACAACUAUCGACCAAAAAAGUGAAGAGGUGGAAGCCAAUUCGGAGGAGGAGACCGAAAAUGACGUCGAAGAGUACAUGUGUUCCGUCAAUCGCGUGCGAGAAAUGUACGCCCGGUCGUACCCCAACAUUUCACUACCCCCCAUCAACAGAGAAGACUCUUAUCAAUAUUACAGAAAUGCCUCUGUUUCAGAUGGAAUUUAUUCUUCUACCCCUUCCCCGACUCCUUCUCCUACUCUGCCGUCUCUGACGUCUGUUCUGGGCGAUCUUGUGCCCCGGAUCGAAGGCUUCUCCGAUACAGAUGGAAACGGUUAUGCAUCCAGCGAUUACGGCGGCAGCAACGGCAGUGAUUCCACCUACAGUCCUGGGUCUAUUCAGUCUUCUCCUGAAGCUAUUUACACGAGAGAUACACGAGGCGGUCGCCCCGACGUCAUUUACCAUCACAGAACUACAAAGAGGGACACCGUGCAGCCCCAAUCUACCCACCAGUCUCCUACAAAUCAUGAAUCCACCAAACUCGCACCCACCAAACUCACACCCACGAACCGGUCUCUUUCGUCCGCUCCUUCUUCUUCUGCUCAAUACUCUUUCUUGUCCGCUUCGCCGCAUUCCCACUUGCCUUCUCAUAGCUGUGUGGCAGAACUCAAGAACCGAGGGUUGUGGGAGGAGGCACAGAAGAAGAAACGUGGAAAGCUUUCGUGUUCGGAAUGCGGCAAAUUCAAGCACUUGGAGAAGUUCAACAAUCUUGCUGACCUCGCCAAACACUUGGACCAGGAACACCAAGACCUCAGCCACAGACUCAAGUGUCCACAUCCAGAGUGUGCCUGGGGCGUGGUCGGCUUUGUGUCUCUCACGGAGCAGAAGCGUCACAUUAAGCAUCUGCACGAAAGCCAGCCCAUCCAGUGCGAAAUCUGCUUCCGCAAGCUGCAGCGCCAGGACGGAUAUAUCAGACACAUGCGGGACGUUCAUGGGGUGUCUGCCACCAAGACCGACAAGUUGCCCCACCGCAACGCAAGGAAGGUAAAGCCAGAUAAACAAUAA